AUGGAUAAAUUUUUGACGAAGUUGAAUUCUUCUCAAUCAAGUUCUAGUGUUAGAGGCAAUUCUUCUCAACCAAGUUCUAGCGUUAGAGACAAUUCCUCUCAACUUAUAGAUGUAUUCGAUUUGACAUCACUUAAAAAAGAUCCUGGAGAAAGAAUACCCAUCUAUAAAUAUAGUUCUAGAAUACGAGAUGAAGUGAGAAGACAUUACAUUCACAAAGGGCCUUGCCGACCGGUUCGUGAUUAUGAUUUGCCUAGGACUUUGUUCGGGAAGAGAAAUCGGCAGUUUAGUGUGAAGUGGUUUGAAGGCUCUUAUUCUAGAUGGUUGGAAUACAGUGAAGAGAAAGAUGCUGCAUUUUGUUUGUGUUGCUACUUAUUCAAAGAUGACUAUGUUCAGGGAAGCACGAAUGACUUCUUCACGAAAAUCGAUUUUAAAGCUUGGAAUAAAGGUUCACAAAGUCUUUCUUUACAUGUAGGUGAAGUGAAUAGCACUCACAAUCAGUGUUUCAAUAAGAUGCUAGAUUUAUCAAAUUAA